AAAUUGCCCCACCUUGUUUUGAUUAAAUUGUUUUUUGAAUCAAUCCACAGAGAGAGACACGAUAUACAAGCAAAAGAAAAGAAACGGAUGAUUACGUUCAAUUAUUAACCCUCUCAGUCACCUCACAUUUUUCAGAAAUUCAGAUCCUUCUUGUAUCAUUCGGUGCUUGAACUCUACGCCAAAUCCAGUUGCUACUUUGAUUUCAUAGAGACUUGGAUCUGUGGGUGAAACUUGAAACUAGGUUUUGGCUUGGGGACAUGUUCAGAGAUGGUCUUGGUGGGUUGGUGGUGAUGCAAGAAAGAUGGAAUUUAGAUUUAAAGUAGAGAUUUGGAGAAAAUGUUGGAUUUUGUGCGUGUUUGAUUUUGAUGGGACUUGAGAUUUCAUUCUGAGGUUAGGUUAGGUGACUAUAUAUUUGUUCGAAAGGUCUUCGAGUCGGAGGACAACAUGUUCUGGAGGGACCGUGCGAGGGACCACAAAAACCAAAACGGUGGCGGCGGUCCGCCUUGUGGCCAGGUUCGAGUGCUCGUUGUUGGCGACUCUGGUGUUGGAAAAACUUCUCUUGUUCAUCUGAUUGUCAAGGGUUCUUCCAUCGCACGUCCUCCUCAGACAGUAGGGUGUACAGUAGGUGUAAAGCAUACUACGUACGGAAACUCGGGUAGCUCGUCAAGCAGCAUUAAGGGUGACGCUGAGAGAGAUUUCUUUAUUGAACUCUGGGAUGUGUCUGGACAUGAUAGAUACAAAGAAUGCCGGUCUCUUUUUUAUUCCCAAAUUAAUGGUGUAAUCUUUGUUCAUGAUCUCUCCCAGAGAAGGACAAAAACUGGCUUACAGAAGUGGGCAGCUGAGAUUGCUGCAACUGGGACAUUUUCAGCUCCACUAGGAUCUGGAGGUCCUGGUGGCCUUCCUGUCCCGUAUAUUGUUAUAGGUAACAAAGCUGAUAUUGCUGCAAAAGAGGGUACAAGGGGGAGCAGUGGAAAUCUUGUUGAUGUAGCUCGGCAGUGGGUUGAGAAACAAGGUUUGCUUCCAUCCAGUGAGGAACUUCCACUGACUGAGAGCUUCCCUGGUGCUGGAGGCCUUAUUGCGGCUGCCAAAGAAGCAAGAUAUGACAAGGAAGCUGUGAUGAAAUUUUUCCGUACGUUGAUCAGAAGAAGAUAUUUUUCCGAUGAUUUACCUGCACAGAAUCCAUGGUCUGGUUCACCAGUACAAGGACCUUCACAGACUGUAGAUGAAAAUUGGAGUGACGAGGAUCAUUCGUACAGGAAUGCCAGCUUGCGUGCUGACCCUUACAAGUACAACAUGCUCCCUCCUCUUCCAGCGCAACGCAAUCUGACGCCACCUCCCACGCUUUAUCCUCAGCAACCAGUUUUGGUUUCUGAAAACUACAGCCUUCCCAGGUUUUCCCAUACUAGUUACUCAGAAAUCAGCAGUGCAGCCAGAUCAAAGCGCUCCGAUAUUAAUGUGUAAUUGUCAUUGCCUCUGGUUAAUGUGAUUAUUGUUUGCAUGAAUGUACUCUUGUGCAUGCGGUCAAAGUUCGUCCCAUUUGUUUCACUUGUAACUCCUCCAUUGAUUCUUUUACUCUAUAGGUUUUCAUUGGGAGUGGCUUUUGUUUAUGGUUUAGUACAUAUUGAUUGAUUCAUCGACCUGAGAAGUACAGGCAAUUCUUUUCAUCAAGUUCUCUUUCUUUGCAAA